AAGGCCUAAUUACCGUUGUCACAUCUAUUGACAUCACUGCUGCACAACUUGAAAGUCAACUUGAUUCUAAUGGAUAUAAAUGUUUUUGUCAAGCAUGGUCGGCAACAGGUGGAACAUUGAAAUCCAAAACAGCGAGUAUCGAAAUUGCUUAUUUGGAUAAAGUAUUCGAAUGGGAACCAUUACGAACGGAUAGUGUUAUUAGUAAAUCAGCGGAAUUACGAUGUCGUCCGCCAAGUGGUAAUCCAUAUCCAAAAGUAACAUGGUUGAAAGAUGGGCACUCAGUUGACAUAAAUCGCAAUGGAAGAUUUAUUUUAUCAAAUGAAAAUUCUCUACUCAUCGCACAAAUCAAAGCAACAGAUGCAGGAAAUUAUACGUGUGUCGCAACAAACAUUGCAGGCACCUACUCAACUGAACCAGCAGAACUGAUCGUUCAUGAUGAUCGCGGUUGGUCGGAAUGGCAACCGUUUUCAGACUGUAAAGGUAUACCGUGUAGUAUUGGCCGUCAAAAACGUAUUCGUACAUGCCUUAAUCCACCGACAAUUACCAAUCGACCUAGUUGUGAUGGCGAUCAAAUUCAAGAAAGAGAAUGUCAAGUUAUUUGCCCAAAAGACCUUUCAUCACCACCUUCGGGUGCUAUUGUUCCAACAGACGAUGGUUUUUCUGAAUGGUCUUCAUGGUCUGAUUGUACAGGCCCGCCGUGCAAAACAGGUCGUCAGCAACGUAUACGUGAUUGUUUAAAAUCAUCCAUAACUGAUGAUAAAAAGCCUAUUUGUAAUGGUGAACAAAUACAGGAACGUGAAUGUCUUGUCCCUUGUUCAAACAAAACCUCAUCAUCAUUUGCUCCUGUUCGCACAUUAUCAAAUGAUGUUAUUAGUAGUAGUAGCGGUACUCUUGUUUCGUCAUCUGCUCUCAAUGUGAUCGUCUACUCAUCGAUUAGUAUCGGUGCUCUCAUCUUCCUCUUACUAACCAUAUUAUUUUUCUUGAUUUGCUGGCGUCGUCGACAACGUUCAACGUCAAAAAAAGGUCUACCGAAAUGUAUAGUGUCGAAAGGCACCAGUAGUAACGGCAGUAGUCAUCUGGGUGUGUGUCAUAGUGACAAAACCGAAUAUCCAUUUUACUAUUCGAUUCAGCAAGAUACAACAUCCACCAGGUCAUGUGCAUCGCAAAACAAUUCGGUUUCGUUAACAAAUUUCGAUUCAGGAUUAGAAAAAGAGAAAUUAUUGUUACUUAAUGAAUCGCCGUUGAAUCGACAAAUUUACGCCGCUAAAUCAUCUGUACAUCCUGCUACAUUAAGUACAACUAGUUAUGCAUCUCAUCAUAUUAGAUAUCCAUCACUAGCAAGUCAAUCAAUUACAAACGAAAAUCAUUUAAAUCUAAUCUAUGAAAAUAUUCUUCAGUCAUUACCAGAACAUACAGAUCUACGUUAUUUCGCUGUGUCUAUUCUUAAUAACAAAGGUUGUCGACUGGAAAUUCCAAAUACAGGUGUAUCAUUAAUAAUUCCUGAAGAUGCUGUUCUACUCGAUGGCGAUCAUUUAGUAUUUAUUGCUUUAGUUAAUAUCGAAAAUCAAAUGCCUGUGUUAAACAAUGGCCACACACGCCUAUCACCUGUUGUAUUAGUUGGUCCAUCUGAAAUCACUCUAUUGAAACCAGCUGUCCUUUCAUUCGAACACACAGCUGUUUUGGAAUCAUCGUGGAAAUUGAAUCUGAUGUUCAGUGAUGAUAUUCUCAAUUGGAAGCCUAUUCUCACAUACGGACAAGAAAAUAUAUCGACGCCGGUUUAUUUACAAUUCAAUAACCAACAACAAAUGUCGAUACUUUUUGAAACAAUGGGCGCAUACGCAUUGAUUGGCGAAUCGAUUUCGAAACAUCAUCAUGCAUCGAAAUAUAUUCAAAUGGUUCCAUUCUAUAAUCGUUCAUCGACCGACACAAUAUCUAAUGAAACUGUCUCGACAUUACGCUUACGUUUUCUCGAUGCCACAACGGAUGCGUUGGAACGUUGUUUAACCGAAGAAUUCGCAUUACAAAAUUACCUAUGUGACCAACCGAAAGAAUUCAUUCUACAUGAUUAUGAAGAUCAAAUAUGUAUCAACGUGGAUUUGGAGCUCUCAUCCACGUCAAGAAUCAACAUUGGCUACAAAGAAAUCCCAUUAAAAACAUUUUGGUCAACAAGAUUUGAUCGAUCGUGCUUUAUUUUUAUUAUUCCUAAUUUACAAUUGAAUAAUGAACAUUCAUCAACACCAUUUAUCGACCAUUUAGCUAUGCACAUCGAUGUCUAUCAGCCGACGAUACUUGACAGUGCAUUACAUACACGUUUAUGUAUUAACACACAUAAUUUUCUACAUAAUCCGGGAUAUAAUACAUCUUCGAUACGACAACGUCUUCCUGUGAAAACAAAUAAAGAAGGAUCAAAAUUAUCAUCACUCGUUCGUCAAAAACUUUGUAUAGUAUUAGAUCCGCCGAAUUCACUCGGAAAUGAUUGGCGCAUGUUUGCAAAUAAUCUUCUCGGGAUCAAUUAUCUUCAAUAUUUCGCAACAAAAUCCAGUCCAACGGAACAUUUGUUAACCUUAUGGGAAGCGCGACAAGAAUCACUAGUUAAUCUGAUCAAUGUACUUAAUCAAAUUGGUCGUAGUGAUGCUGCUGCUAUUCUUCUCCAACAUUGA